CUGACCGAGGCGAAAGGUCGGGCGAGCUGCUCUCCAGUAAUCCAGUCCACACACCAUUUUACACCUUCCAUUGGGCAGCGCAGACACCCAGCAAGCACCCUGUGAGCACCUCCUCCUCUGAGCUUGCCUGCCUUCCCCACAUGGCUAGCGAAGGACACUGGGUUCGUGUUGUGCUGUGGGAGCAGCCACACCGGGAUGAGCUCCUCCAGCCCUACAGCCAGCACAGGAUGAGAGCAAUGCAGCCACCGAUGGGGACAAAUAAUGGAAUCACACAGAACUCAUGUGCUAGCUCUAGCUUUAUGAACUCUGGUCCUUAAGGCACAACAAAGAUCCAUGCCAGCCUCCUUGCAGGUAACAACACAACGGCUACUUUGUAGUAAACCACGCUCAGUAUGGAAAAAACUCUGCUAAGGAGCCCCAACCACAACAAGGGGAUUGUGUCCCUCCUGAAACCGGAGCGCAGCCGUUUCACCUUUAGAAAAGCUCUCAGCCCUGCUCUAAACUUUGUCACCCAGCGGCAGCACAGGCAGGCGGCUCUGCGCCCUUCCUGCUCUGCUCUCCCAAAGCGAUGGCUGCAGGCUCGCCGACACCAGCCUCUUUAACCUGCAGCACCUGGCCUGCCCCAUAAAACUUGGUAGAAGGAUUUUUCCUAAUGAAUACACAGUAGAAGCCUGUUCAUAUUGCGAGCCCCUGGAAAUUAUGAUAAAUGAGCUUGACGAGGCACACGCUGCUACUCAAUACCAGGCAAGCAGCAUUGGCUGCACUCUGAGACAGCAUUCCAUAACAAAAAGAAAUGCAUUCAUUUCAACUCCACAGAAGAUUUUUUUUUUUUUUUGGUUGGCUUUGAGAUUCUCCAUCCAGUGCCCUGGAAUAAGCAGUAUCAAAAAGGGACAGUGACUUGCAGGCUCUCUUGCUGCCCCAUAGCAAAGCACAGAGGGCAUUCUCAUCCAUUUAUGUUUGCACCUCAGCUUCCUUCUAAGCAGCAAGGGCUGGGAGAGGGAAAACGUUAAUACCUCCUCAUGAGUAAUCCAAACAGGAGCAUAAAUACAACAGACUCGGUUGUAGUGGCCAAAGCUGGGAAUGCUACGGUGACAAGCAUGCAACAAUACAUUUCUUUUGGCCACAUAUGAGUUGUUUUAACUACAGCAGAAAAGAAUAGAAUGCCCAUCAGGAUAGGGAAAGAGGCUCCCUUCCUACCUUGCAAUCCCUCCUCAAAAAACAAACAAACAAACAAACAGCUGCACAUCCACAGGGUGAAAAACCAAAGGAAUGCAUGGUGGGCUCAUUGCUCCUGUGGACAGCUCUGGGCACUGAUGAGAUGCAGACCCUAAAGUAGAGGUGCCCAGGGAGCAUUUCAUAGAACCAUUAAGGUCAGAAGAGACCGCUAAGAUCAUCCAGUCCAACCACCAACUCAUUUUUGGGCAUCGCAGCUACAGCUCCACCAGCUAUACAGACACUGGUUGAAACUGGGCUUCCUACACUGGGAAGGCAGAGGAGUGCUCCCUGGUUUGUGGCAGGCGGCUACCACCACUCUCAUGAGUGUAUUUCCAAGUUAAAUAGUCAUAAGACGGUUGCAAGGGGAAAGCAAAUAAUUCAGUAAGCAAAUAAAUGAGUUUAAAAAAAAAAGAAAAAGAAAAAAAGAAAAAGAAAAAAAAACAGGGAGAAAAAAAGAAGGGGAGAAUAAGGGGAAUGCAAUUUUUACCAUUUUCUUCCUCCACCCAUGCACACUGGCCCCUCUCGUUCAAAAAAUGUCCCUGCUGAAUGCAGACCUGCAGCCAGCCAGCAAACACCGAACACCCCAGCCAGGCACCAACCCGGGCUGCGCGUUUCCCUCUGCCUGCAGGGACGGAGCUGCACAUCCCUGCCCACCCCGCGGCCGGGCACACGCAGCCCCCGACGCACCCCGGUCCGGCAGCAUCCCACCCACAGCCCCGUCCUCCCGCUGCCAUCCAGGAACUCGGCGGCUUCUCCAGGCACCCCUCCAGCAAUGCGAUAGGAACAUCCAUCCUCCGAGGGACACAGGCAUGGAGCAGCGAGGGAAACUCGGGGAUUUCUACGGGUAACAGAAGCAAAGCCUUCCAUGGAGAAGGAAGAGCAGACACAAAACCCACCGAGGCUCUUCCAUCUCGCAGCCAUCCGUCCCCUUCAUCCCCAGCACGCAACUCCCGUUACCUGCAGGACGCAGCCCACCCCUGAGGACCACCACCCUCCAUAAGGAACCAAUGGGAUCUGAUGGCAGCGGGCAGCCCUCAGCCCGGUGCGGGUUGGAUGCGGGGCCGGCACCGAUUCAUGAGGCGCCCGGCGGAUGGAGGGCGCUCGGAUGGAGGGUGCUCCGUUACCUUUAGUCACCUCCGGCUGCCGAGAUGCCAAUCCCCAUCGGUUCCUCAACAACCUGCAGCGGGGGAGCUGCUGCUGCUGCUGCUGCUACCACAAUCCAGUCAUAAAAAGCAGAGCUGGCCACGGUACCAGGAGGCACACGAAGAGCAGGGGAUCGUCGCCCAAGGAAAGAAAAAUCACACGCUGGAUACCGGAGGGUGUGUGGGGAUGGGGAGGCGGUCUCUCCCGCUCUCCCCGCCGCCAGCCCCCGGCCGCAGCCCCGCGGCUCUAUCUCCUCCAGGUGGGCAGCCUCAGGGCCGGGGGGUGGCCGCGGAGCCCGCACCUCCGCCCGGGCGAUCCGGAUGCGGCACGGUCAUCGCCUGCCUUGCUGCUGCUGCUGCUGCUGCUGCCGCUGCUGCCGCCGCCGGGGACAAGGAGCCGCUGCCGAAGAGACCACCAAAAAAAAGGAAGAAAAAAAGAAAAAAAAGGAGAGCAAUCUUCCACCAUCCCCCUUUUCUCUUCCUCCUCCAGCAGCACCAGCCGCUCUCCGCAUCCGCUCCCUGCCCCCGGCCCCUCACUCCGCCGGGGCUGGGGGACACAAAGGCUCCCGCUCUCAGGGGGGCGGCCGGCCCUCAGCUCCCCGGAGCCCCCCGGAGCCUUCCUCCUCCUCUUCCUCCUCCCGCUGCGGACACCGCCAGCCCCGGCUCGGGUGGGCUGGGCGGGCGCGAUGGGGGGGGAGAGGGGGCACGGCCGCCGGCAGCACGGCACGGCACGGCACGGCUCACACACGGGGAGGGGGCGGCCCGGCAGCGGCAGGCGGCGCGGCGCUGCUGCCCUGCCCGGCGGCGGCCGCACGGAGCCGGGCGGGCGGCGAGCCGAGGGGCGGGGGAGCGCCGAGGGCCCGGAUCUGGGUUGCGUGGACGCGGGCUCCACCUAGCAGCCGGCGCCGCGCCGCGCCGACCCCGGCCCCUUCCCUUUUCCUUUCCCCUUUUUCCGGCGCCCACCUGCACCCGUCCCCAUCGCCGCUCUCCGACACCCGCCGAGAGGAUCCCCCCCGCUGCCCCCAGCACAGCGGCCAAUGGCAGGCUGCCCACCGAACGAGGAAUCCCCCGCUGGAUUCCCCCACCUCUCCAUUGGAUGCUCUGCUCAUUGUAG